UUGUGCUCCUGAAGCGGGACCCGCCCAACGCAGCAUCCAUCUAGCGUCGCAUGUUCGUGCCUCCGCGCGUUUCUCGCUACUUGCUGCUAACGAACUCGGCAAAAUCACCGCGUGGGCAGGGCUAGGCGACGUCCUGACGGCUCUCGGGAAUGGCAGACCGCGAACGUGGAAGCUCAGUAGUGUUGCUAGCCUUCGUGCGUAGGCUCCAUGUCGCUUCUCGAUUCGAGUAAAAGGCACGGCGCAAGUGAAUGCAUAGUAGUGAGUCCCGAAACCUUGCAAGAAAGGAUCGGGACUGAGAGAAGAGGAACAAGUGAGAAGGACGAUGUCGGAGCAACGGGAGAGAAGGCAUGCGGAAGAAGAGGCAGACAUGGGACGAAGCGCGCAGAGCUGUGAAGUUGCGUCGGAGGAGCCCAAGUCCGCCAGCACGUUCUGGGGCAACAUGGCACGCUUCCGACCGAGUUUCCUGGGCGGCAAGGAGGAUGACUUCUUACCCGACCACUUGGGCCCCGUCAAGCAGCUAUAUUGCCGCACGGGCUUUAACCUAGCCGUCUACCCGGCGGGGACGGUCUUUGGCACCAAGGAACCUUUCAACAGAUACGCUGUGCUGGAGUUGUCAUCACCGGACAUAGGAGAAGUACGUAUCAAAGGAGUGGAAACGGGCCUGUACAUAUGCAUGGACGAGCAAGGCAAUGUAUAUGCAAAGGGCGAUCGGCUGGCUGACGACAGUAUCUUCCAUGAGAUGUACGAAGGCGGCUACAACAGCUACUUGAACAAGCAGCAUAAAGACAAAGGUUGGUACCUGGGCCUCAAGAAAUCGGGCCAUCCUAAGCCAGGCCACAGGACGGCCAGGGGCCAGAAAGCUGUGCAGUUCCUUCCGAGAGUUGCUCGGCCGCCUCGCCGUUGAGCUCCCAAGACUCGCCAAAGAAAACACAAGAAUCACCCGAGUUAUUUAUAGGAACAUCGAGAGUGCACCCUCCAACAUUUGGCACGAAAUCUGUCAACCUUCUCAUAAAAAAAGCUUCAUAAGCGAGGGUGGCAGGAUGUAUACGGACUCCGCUUCACGCCAGAAGGAAGUCGUGCGUACAGGGUAGUUGGGAAGGGAUGCUGGUUCGGAAAGGGUCGGCACGGUGCGACGAAAUGUGCGUGGAAAGUCUGAAGUUUCCACGUUGGGUCAUGCGCCUCCGUUUUGAUAUUAUCUUCAGGGGGUUCGUGAAAGAUAAGAAAUAUGUGCAGGAUAUGUCCGAUGGAGAAACAAAGAUAAGGUACGCUAGCAGUCAACACCUGGAAGGCUAACAAAGUAGACAAAUACGGGCAAAUCGUUCCAACAUGCUGUUUUGGCCGUGCAGAAAGUAUCCGUUUGUGAGAGGAGCACAAAGACGCGAAUGAUAAAUGAAGGCGUAUGUAGAUAAUGCGUAUGCGUGUAUAUUCAGAUCAGAAGAGCCUCAAGAUCCGCACACUGAAGUCUUUUCUUCUAGUGGGUCUGUUUCUUCUUUGGACCACAAGAGGAACAGUCUGUUUGAAAUAUCGGCGGAUCCGGUCCUGGCGCUUAUCCCUCUACUCGCAGUCAUAUAUAGAUUUCCUUCUGCGAACUCGUCUUGCGUGCAGUCUUUGCUCGAAAAUGUGCGACCUUAUGGGUCUAGUAGACUCCCCUACAACUACGGAUCCAUCCGUUUUCCUACCCACUUCCGAACGGUUGAAAUGAACUAAAACAGUGAAUAUUUUGAGAAUAUCUUCGUUUUCUUUUUAAGUUGUGUAACCUUUGCUUUUGGACAUGUGUCUCUCGAAUGACAACACCAAAAAGUUGCUGAGACCACAGUUCUAGAAUGCUCUAGUGUGCCCUUUCCCUCAAAAUCAUUCCAAUUUAAGUUUAUUCAAUGACGACACCCCUCCAGAGUGCACUUCGAAGAGGCGAAACCGCCGCCAUAAUGUAGGUGCCCCGAAGUUUGGUCCCGGUUUGCGUUCGGUGACACAUGCUAUUUAGAGGGUUGAAAGCAUGAAAAUUACUUGGAUAUAGUGGAAAUAAUAUUCCUACAGUUUUUUAUGUGUAUUCAAUUCAAUUCAAUUCAAUAUUCCUACAGUACAAUAACUUUGAGACACCAAAUGUACGGUGAAUCCGAUGUGGGUGAAGUCCUGGACAGUCAAAACCUGAGGACCUACAUUAUGGCGGCAAAUCUGCUAGCGAUAGUGGCGCUGUCCUGCGGAUGACGUAGUGUGAAUAAACUCUCUACACACAGGCUAUCUGGUGAAUAAGAUCCGCGACGUAUCCUCCAUCCACGUGCUUUGUGCGCCUAGUGCGUUCCCCAAGCUCGGGCUUUGCUCGUCGUGCGAUUUAACUUUCCUGCGACGACAUUAUUGAAAUUCCAUUAGAAAGAGUAACUGUUCUUGAAACCAAACAAAAAGUCAGGGCUGAACGGCAGAAUUUAAACCGCAACAGAAUAGCAUAAGCGUUUGUGUGAUCUCAUCCAGCGAAAGAGGACUCUUUGGCCGCUAUCUACGAGUGACUAUAUUCGUGUGGAGGAGACGACCACGUUAUACUCGAUUUGAAGUCCUGUCCACACGCAUGGACGAUGCGGGACGACCUUGGCCACAGAAAUGGUAGUGCACCCUUAAAUUCUACGCGGUUGCAAAUUACAUAGUGACAAUACUCUUCUUGCCGAAGUUCUUCCGGUAUACUUUACGGGGACGUCAAUGACUGAUAUAGAGAACGAGAGGUCAUUCUCCUAUAACGAAGACUGGUUUCUGUUCACAGUUUUAUUCCUCGCCAUUGUAUGUGCUACAUCUAAAACAUCGCUAGACGUGGAGUCUGCAAUUUCGCUACGGAUUGAGACAGACUGUUCCUGGCAUUCCUCGUAAUAAUUGUAACAGAUUUUUGGGAUCGAUGUUAGACGUUUUUAUCUUUUUCAGAGGCAUUGUUCCGUCUAACGUUCGCUACAGGUACAUACGAGUUCUAAAUGUGAACUGCCUCAACUGUGAAAUCGCUGCUCCUGAAAAACGUUGCUGAAGCACCGCGGAGAGAAUGGAAAACUUUCCGGGCCCAGACCUGUCGAUAUUUUGCAAAUCCGUCGCAAAUCCGUCGCAGUGGCACCGUCAGGUCUCCCGUCAGAAAUCCUGCAACUGAGCUGUUGAUCCUGAAAUAAAUACCUUACU